AUGGAUCAGUGUGAGGAUGAGCAAGAGGAAGAGGAGGAGAAGCAGCCAUCAGAUCAGACAGUCCUGUCCUCAGGGAGCCAGGAGCAGGUGGAGAACCCAACCCAGGGUCAAGAGGUCGUCGAUGCUGAUGAGUGGGACACUGACCUGGAAACAGACAAUGCCACCAAUCAGAAACCGAGUUGGCCUUGUGCAGAGCAGUACCUGCAGGCCUGUCAGCGGACGGGCUGCAUCCCCGCGUCCUCCUUCCUACGUCACUUGGGUGAAGACGAUCUCAACCUGAACCACUAUGGGCUGGGACCUCGGGGAGCCAAAGCUCUGGCCAUAGUUCUGCAAUACGACAAUACCAUUACAAACCUGGAGCUGGAGGACAACGGACUUCUGGCAGAGGGGACACGCUAUCUGAUGGAAAUGCUUCAAACAAACAUCACCAUCCAGAGUCUAAAUCUUUCCAACAACCAGCUGCACCUUGAAGGAGCACACAUCAUCUCCAGAAUGCUGUCAGGCAACUGCUACAUCAGAUCCGUCAAACUCUCAGGAAAUGAUUUUGAUGAUUCUGCUGCUAAAUACUUUGCCGAUGCUUUAAAGGGGGACAAUAUAGUGAAAGAGCUGGACCUCAGUCACAACAAGAUCUGUGAGAAAGGAGGACAACAGCUGGGUCACAUGUUAGCCACAAACAUCGGUAUUGAAGUCCUAAAUUUGAGCUGGAACCAUCUUUGUAUGGGUAGUGCAGCGGCUUUGAGUUCUGGACUGAAGGUGAACUCCACUCUGAAGCAGCUCCAGCUGUCUUGGAACGGUUUUGGCCAAAUCGAGGCGGAGUCACUGGGUCAGGCACUGAAACAAAACAGCACGCUGGUGCUGCUGGACCUCAGCAGUAACCUCAUAGACAACCAGGCGGCAACACUCCUCUGCCAGGGCCUGGCCUCCAACGACACCCUCAGGGUCCUCAAGCUCUCCAAUAACCCAAUGACACAUAUUGGAGCUCUGUCGCUGCUCAAUACAGUUACAAAAAACAAGAAUUCAGCCAUGGAGGAGCUGGAUAUUUCUACAGUUUUUGUUUGUGAGACCUUUGUGGAGCUGUUGGAAGAAGAACAUCAGAGGCGUCCUGGUCUGGAUGUUCGACACAACGUCAUGAGCUUCGUCAAAAGGAACAUAUCGGCCCUCCAGAUCUUUCAGAAAUUCCUCGAUGAGCGAAAUGAGAGCAUCAUGGACUUCUUCCAAGCUCUGGAUAAAGAAGGAACCAUGAAGGUCCCCACCUCUGACUUCAGGAACGCUGUAAAGGAAGCUAACGUACCUCUGGAUCAGCGGCAGCUCGAGUGGUUGAUCAAGAAGUUUGACAAGAACUGCACAUCCUCCAUCAUCUACAGUGACUUUGCUGAGCUGUCAUAG